UCCCUAAAUCUAGUUACCAUGCACUGCCAUGAUAAAUUACUAUGUAUCAGUUGAAUGUACAUGAGGAGCUUUCGAAGAUUUAGUGAUGAUUUCGAGUGCUUUUCUUGAAGAGAGAUGAUGGGAGCGAUGUGUCAUCGAAGAAGAUGAGCGAAAGGAAAUUCACACGCGGCCUGGGAAAGCCGGGUAUGGCCGCACAAUUACGAGAGACGGUUUCUCAGGUUGUACGCGAAAGUACCGUACAGAGUAAACCACAUUUAGUUGACCCUAUAGAUUUUGAGAGCUUUGUGUUGAAGAAUAAAACAUUAUUACAGAAUGAUCCACAAAGAGAAUUAUUGCUUUAUCCGCCGGACGACGUUUCUCAAGUCGUCUUACCGAGACGUUAUCGCACUAUUGUGCCAACGGCGCAAUAUAUUUCGGAUAAUGACGAAGAAGGUGGAAGUCUCCUGACCAAAGAAUGUUUACGAAGUUACACCUCCAAUUGGAAUUUGGUACAUUACAAAUAUUCUGCAUACAACGGGAGUUAUCUCGAUUUACCCAAAAUAACGAAAGCAGAUGAUCUCAAAGAUGAAGUAUAUGAAAUUGAUACGGAGGUGGAUCAAGUCGAUGAGGAUUUAAUCAAAAAUAAUGGGAUUACAAGGGAAGGAUACUUGAUGAAAGGACCUGAAAUUGGAAGUUCCGAUCGAAUGUUUGCUCAUAUAGGCUCAAAAUCUUUUAAAAGACGUUUUUGUCAUUUAAGACAGGAAGUCGAUGGGACAUACAUUUUAGAAUUUUUCAAAGAUGAGAAAAAGGGCGAAGCUAAAUUAGCAAUAGUAAUGGACUUUUGUACAGAAGUUGUUAAAAAUCCAAAACGUGGAAGAUACUGUUUUGAGUUGAGAAUGACAGGAACUCACAAGUCUUAUACAUUAGCGGCCGAUAAUGAAACAGAUAUGCAAGAUUGGUUAUCAAAAUUGAAUUCUGUAUUACAACAUUAUAAACAACAGGAAGAGAAACGUGCUGCAUCUUUAGAAAGAACAUGUAAUACUCCUCCUCCUUCUCCUCAACCAAUGCAGGUAUAUGGAACAUUGAAAGGUUUGGAACAGAGUAUGAAUCCACAAUUAAUUAAAUACUCCAGGGAAACUGAUACAAGUAUAGCAUUAGCUAGACGGGAAAAUAGGAAACCUUUGUUUAGUCUAUAUUCCCACAUGUUACGCGUAAAAGCAUCUACAGGAAAUUCUACUGAACACAAUAUUGAUCCAUAUAAGGAGCAAUUCGGACAUAGAAUUUUUAUUAAAUGCGAAAGUCUUAAGUUUAGAUUACAAGCUCCGAUUGAUGAAAAAGAAACUCUUUGCCAAGUGGAACCGUACCAAACAACAUUAUGUCUUUUUGAUGCAAAACACGGCAGGAAACUCACUGAAAAUUUUUAUUUCGAUGUUAAUCAUGAAAUUGUACAAGGAAUGAUAAAGGAAUUAAGUCCUAUUAGCGUUAUGACAGAAUCUAAUGAAAAUAUAAGUUUGCCUGAAGAAUUGAAAACUGUACCAUUGGAUUGGAUAAAACAUCCAAAGCAGGCUAUAUUUCAUGUUAGUAAUCCUCAUCCCGAUAUAUUUCUUGUGGUAAGAAUAGAUAAGAUAUUGCAAGGAAAUAUAUGUCAAACUUCUGAACCAUAUAUAAGAACAACUAAAGAUCCAAGAUUAGGAUUAAAAGUACAUAAACAAGUUAGAGCAUGUUGCCAAAGAUUAGGAAAUUAUAGAAUGCCAUUCGCUUGGGCCGCCAGACCUUUAUUUAGACUAUAUAGCAACGAGUUGGAUACUUCUCCAGACUUUCCAGCAAUAUAUAGGCAGGAAGGGAAUAAAAUCAGAGAUGAAGAGUUAUUAAAACUGCUUUCAGAGUAUAGGAAACCCGAAAAACUUAGCAAACUAACUGUUAUACCUGGAUGGUUGAAAAUAAAAAUUGAAUCCAUCAUUGAGAUACCAGAAAAUACGUUGUCGACAUCCUUGGCUCCCUUGAAACCAUUUCCCAUUCCACCUGUAAACGAUCCAACUCUUGAAAUUGCAGAAUUUGAAAGUACGUCUGAAAAGGAUGUUCAUCCUUAUACCACAUACGUCAAUCAUCUUUAUGUUUAUCCACAAACUUUGUCUUUUGAUACUCAGAAGAUAUUCACAAGAGCUAGAAAUAUUGCGUGUAUCAUUGAAUUACGAGAUGAUGAUGGAGAAAAUGUGGAACCUUUAAGAUGCAUCUAUGGCCGUCCAGGUACACCAUUGUUGUGCGUACGAGCGUCCUGUGCAGUGUUACAUCAUAACGCUAUUCCAUCUUGGUACGAAGAAAUUAAAAUAAGAUUACCAACAAAACUUCAUUCAAAACAUCACUUGCUUUUUUCAUUUUAUCAUAUAAGCUGUGAUAUGAAUAAGAAAAAGGAAAAUGGAAUUGAAAAUUGCGUUGGUUAUGCUUGGGCUCCGUUGUUAUAUAAAGGGAGACUCAAUGUAGAUAUGGAUGUAAAUGUUCAAGUUCUACCUGUUGCAACGCAUUUACCACAAGGAUAUCUUUCCAUUCAACCCCUUGGUCUGGGAAAAGGGGUAAGAAAUGCUGGUCCAGACAUUACAUGGAUUGAUUCACAAAGACCAAUAUUUACAGUAGCUUUUCAAUUAAUAUCAACAGUAUUUACUCGCGAUCCUCAUUUGUACAAUCUCUUUGCUCAUGCCGAACGAAUUCUGGAUACAAGGCCAUCUGUAAUGCCGUCGGAUACAGAAACGUGCAAAAUAUUGAAAGCAGCGCAUGCAAUACAGUUGGUGACAGCGAUUACUUUUCUUCCUACUAUAUUAAAUCAAUUGUUCACACUAUUGACAUAUGAUAUCGGCGAAGAAGUAGGAUUGUAUAUUAUUAGAGUACUAAUACACAUUAUAAAUAUGAUACAUGAAGCUGGUAGAAAAGAAAUACUUCAGGCUUACAUCAAGUUUGUCUUUCUAUCGCCAACACAAGCAACCUGUAAUAUGACUGUUCAUGAACAAUUAGGAAAAUACCUACCAAUACUAUUACAACCAAACAAUACGGAUUUCUUGGUAAUUAACAAAUUCAUGCGUCAUUCUAAUUUCUUCUUUGAGAUAAUGAUUAAAAGUAUGGCACAAUAUCUACUUACUACUGGUAGAAUAAAAAUGCAUAGAAAUGAAAGAUUUUCGAAAGAGUAUCAUGAACGCAUCAAGUAUCUAUUAGAUGUAAUUAUGCCAUAUAUAAUAAAUAAAUACAAAGAAAUGCCGGUUGAAACUCAUGAACUAAAUAAAAGCCUUGCUCAAUUGUUAAAGCAUUGCCUAACAUUCAUGGAUCGUGGUUUCGUUUUUCGUUUGAUCAAUUCAUACGUGGAUAAAUUUUCUCCUGGAGAUCCACGCACUCUACAUGAUUUUAAAUUUACAUUUCUUCAAAUCAUUUGUUCUCACGAACAUUAUAUAUCUUUUAAUUUACCAAUGAUGCAGUCUCGUAUUUCACCUAGAGAAAAUACUGAGAAAGAGCCAGAAUGUAAUGGUAUGUUAAGACAAUAUUCAUGUACUCCCAUCUUUAUUGUGGUUUCUUAUUGUAGCCAUAAUUUGAUGAAUGAAUACUGCUUAUCAGAGGAUUUUUGUAAGCAUCAUUUUUUGGUUGGCUUAUUACUCCAAGAAGUCAAGAUAUCUCUUAAUGAAAUCAUGCAAAUUCGAAAAGUUGCCAUAACUACUUUAAGAGAUCUCUUAGCUAAGCACGAACUGGAUGAUAGAUACCAAAAUAAGGGACAAUUGAGUAGGAUAGCAUCCAUUUAUAUACCAUGGUUAGAGAUAGUAUUGGAAAAUUUGAUGCGUUUACAAUCUGUACAUGACAGUUCUAAAAUAGAAAAUAAACACAAUGAUAUAAAUCGAAUAUCAACUAGCAGUUCCUUUUUGGCAACUAAAGAUAUUGCUAAUAGUACUAUAACAGCAGGCACUCCCAAGUCCAUUCACAGACUUACAUUAAAUUUGGAUACGCAAUCUCCAAUCAGAGCAUCUAUUCAUCUACGAGAUUCUACAUAUUUUGCUGCUAUCGCUGGACAAGGUUUGGUGAAUGGCUAUUCUUGUACCAGUAUAGAAUCAGAUACAUCAACAAUGUCAGGUGCCUCGCAAUCAAAUAUAUCGCAAGAAACAGCAAUUAUUCGCGAAUCUGUAGAAAAUGGUAUAAGUGAUAAAAAAAGGCAUUCUCGUUCUUUGAGCGUUACACAGGCUUCACCUAGAUGUGAUAAAUUACAAUCCUCCGAAGUUAAGGAUAUAUUGCUUUGUUUUUUAUUCGUCAUCAAAUAUUUAGGCGAUCAUCAAGUUAUUGCAUGGUGGCAACAAUGCAGUGAUUCCGAGAUAUUAAGUUUUUUUACAGUAAUUGAGAUAAGUCUUCAUCAUUUUAAAUAUGUUGGUAAAAGACAAAUAGCUGCAAAUAUAAUAAAUAAUUCUGGAAAACCGCGUACAGUAAAAGCAAUGACAUUGCCAGCUAGAAUGGCACCACCAGAUUUCACUACUGAAAGUCCAACUACUGGUACACUGCAACCACAUAAUACUGUUACUAGAGAGAAUCUUAUUGAAAGUGACAGUGGUAAAAUGUAUCAGGCUUUACUAGAGGCAAAUAUGGCUACAGAAGUUGGUCUUAUAGCACUUGACUGCCUAGGCCUCUUUUGUAUUCAUUUUAAGGAUGCACUUUUAGCAGAUGAUGGAGAAAAUCCAAUAAUGCAAAAAUUAUUCAAUAUCUAUUUAUCCUUUCUUCAAGUCGGUCAAUCGGAGACAUUGCUACGUCACGUGUUUGCUGGACUUCGGGCAUUUUUAAAUAAUUAUUCUAUUGCUUUGUUUCAAGGAAAUGCGGCGCUUUGUGGGCGAUUAUGUUAUGAAUUAUUAAGAUGUUGUAAUAGUAAACUUAGUUCUAUUAGACAAGAGUCAUGUGCUUUACUAUAUCUGCUUAUGAGAAGUAAUUUUGAAUUUACUAGUAGAAAAGGAUUAACAAGAGUGCAUUUACAGGUAAUAAUCUCAGUUUCACAAAUGCUUGGAAAUGUGAUUGGUUUGAAUAAUUCAAGAUUUCAAGAAUCAUUGUCAUUGAUAAAUAGUUAUGCUUCUUCUGAUAAAGUGAUGAAAGGUACUGGUUUUCCAGUUGAAGUUAAAGAUUUGAAUAAAAGAAUUCGAACAGUUUUAAUGGCAACAGCACAAAUGAGGGAACAUAACAAUGAUCCCGAGAUGCUUGUUGAUUUACAACAUAGUUUGGCCAAUUCUUAUGCCAGUACACCCGAAUUGAGACAUACUUGGUUGGAAACUAUGGCUAGAAAUCAUGCGAGAGAUGGAAAUUAUUCCGAGGCGGCUUGUUGCCAAUUACAUAUUGCAGCUUUAAUGGCAGAAUAUUUGAAAUUGAAGAAAGUUCAUACAUGGGGAGCAGAGGCUUUUGACAGUAUUUCCGUGAACAUUUCUAGAGACGAGCGUAGUCUUAAGCUCGAUGCUGGUGAGAUUUGCGUUCAAGAUAUUCAUUACACAGAAUAUUUAUUGCUCGAGCAAUUGGAACUUUGUGCUGAAAUGUUAGAAAAAGCAGAACGUUUUGAAUUACUCGGACAUUUGUAUCGUUUAAUAGUUCCUAUGUACGAAGAAAAAAGAAAUUAUGAGGCUUUAGCAAAUUGUUAUACACAUUUAGCACAAGCUUGCAAUAAAAUUGUCGAAGUCACCAAAUCCGGUAAACGACUUCUUGGGAGAUUUUAUAGAAUUGCAUUUUUUGGAUCUGCAUAUUUCGAAGAAGAAAAUGGCCAAGAGUAUAUAUAUAAAGAACCUAAAGUGACGUCAUUGUCAGAAAUUUCAGAACGUCUUCAUCAUUUGUAUUCAGAGAAAUUUGGUUUAGAAAAUGUCAAAAUGAUAAUGGAUUCCGUACCCGUCAAUGUCGGUGAAUUAGAUUCAAAAAUAGCAUAUAUUCAAGUGACGCACGUAACUCCGUACUUUGAUAAAAUAGAAUUAGACACUCGUCAAACGGAAUUUGAACAAAAUCACAACGUAUCUUGUUUCAUGUUCGAAACUCCAUUUACGAAAGAUGGCCGGGUAAGGGCAAAUCCUGAAGAUCAGUGGAAAAGAAGAACUAUUUUAACAACACAAUAUUCCUUUCCGUACAUAAAAAAACGUAUAGUAGUGAUUGAAAAGAGAAUAAUGGAACUUAGUCCCAUCGAAGUGGCUUUAGACGAAAUGAGACAACGCGUUCAAGAACUAGAGGAUGUGGCUUUAAUAGCUCCAACUGAUGUAAAGAAACUUCAAUUACGGUUGCAAGGAAGCAUUUGUGUGACAGUAAAUGCCGGUCCACUUGCUUAUGCCUCUGCAUUCUUAGAUCCAGCACUUUCUCCGCAAUAUCCUGAUGAUAAAGUCGAAGAGUUAAAGGAUGUUUUUAGGGAAUUUGUAAAAAUAUGUUAUACAGCUUUGCAGAUCAACAGUAAAUUAAUUACUCCCGAUCAGCACGAAUAUCAGGAAGUAUUACGCGAAAAUUAUCAAAAGCUUUGCCAAAGCUUGUCGUCGUUAUUGGGUGAACCUAUAUGGUCAGACGAACAAGUUGGAAGCUUUAAACGUAACAGCGCGGCUCUGUUUAGUGUCAUUAGUGGUGCUAAUAGUCACACGAGCACAGCCUAAGCCAUCAGAUUGAUGUCUUAUGUCUCUCGAAGUCUGUUGUGUAAUCAUAUUAUGAAGUAUCUAUAUAAAAUAAUAUUAUAUAUAUUUAAUAUGAACAAAAUAUAUCAUAUUAAAUAUAAUACAAUAAGUAAAUUUUUCAAAUUCACAUAGUUUCAUUGUGCUCGAAAUAUACGUGCGCGCGCGCACGUGUCACGAUUUAUUAAUGAUUAACAUGGCCACUUUUUAUACCGCAGAGAUUCUUUCUUUUCCAUUUUUACAUUAGAAAGAUAUGUUUAAACAACAAUAUACGAAGAAACCAAUACUUAACAAUACCAAUAUUGCAAUAAAAGAGUAAAAUUAGUGCUAUUAUUCUGACGAGAUUUAAGGCUGACUAUGAUAAGUUAUAUCAGCUCAUUUGAAAGAAAAAGAAGUGGCUAUAUUUAAAUAUUUUAUUUGUAUUCUUAACAUUUAGAUUAGCGUAUUUUUUAAAUACAUAAAACGCAAUCUUUAUCUUAUCAAUGUGUCAUUAUCGUACAAUUGUUCAAUUAAUAACUAUUAUACCAAUGCACUCACUGCCACUUUUUUAAUAUACGUAAUAUUUGUGCAUAACGAUUUAACUAAGUGUCAAUUGUAAAUUCACUUUAAGUAUAAGGAGAAUAGAUCAAUUUUUAUUAUCCA